GCUCUUAUGGUCUUUUCUUACACUUCCGGUCAGAGUCACCUUCAAUAAUGGCGUCGAAGGUUGGAACAUUACUGCGAAUUGCAAGACUUACUAAGCCUUCAUUUCGACAAUUUUCAGGCCCAGUGAAUCCUGCAGUUUCUUCACGACAAGUUGAAAUCGUCAAUGUUUCUGAACCACCAGAGAGAGAAGGGCCAGGAGACCGUAAUCAAUGGAUGGUAUUCAGUAUAAUUGCCUCGAUUGUGGUGAAUUUACUGGUUGCUUACAAUGCCUCCCGUCAUUUAGAAGAACCCAUAAUGUGGAUCAAUUAUCCACAUCUAAGGAAGGCUAAAAAGGAAAUGCCAUUUGGUGAUGGAACACACAAUUUAAUGCACAACACACAUUGCCGAUUAAGUCCUGAAGAUUAUGCCAAAUGGAGGGCUGAACAUCCUGCCUCGGGCCAUGGACAUUAAACAUCAACUCGAUUAGAACUAUUAAAAUAUUGUUUAAACUUAAAUUAAUAACUAUUCAGAUAUAAAACAUUUUAUAAAAGAUUU